AUGGCCCUCCGGUUCGUUCGCAGGUCUGCUCCUGUUUCAAAGAAUCUCUCAUUCUACAAGUGCUCUCCCCCAUCUCUAUCACAGCGCGUUGUUCCUGUCACCCCCCAGAUACCCUCCACCAAACACAUCUCCACAACAUCCAUCACAAUGGCUACGAACGGCACAAACGGCGUCAACGGACACGCCAACGGCGCCAAUGGCACCAAGAGCAAGUUCGACCCCAACUUCACACAACAUGUCAUCGACCUCAUGAGCCCCGAGACCAAGCCCAGACACAGACAGGUUCUCGGCUCUUUGAUCAAGCACCUUCACGACUUCUGCAGAGAUGUCGAGCUCACACAAGAGGAGUGGGUUCUGGGUGUUAACUACAUCAACUCCAUUGGCCAGGCCUACCAGAAGAACCGCAACGAGGCAUGGAGAGUGUGCGAUAUCCUGGGUAUUGAGUCUCUCGUCGACGAGAUCAACCACACGGUCGAGACCGAGUCCGGCGUCACCCCCACAUCAUCCACCAUUCUCGGCCCCUUCUGGUCCCCCGAGACCCCCUUCCGCGACCUCGGCGCUUCCGUCGUCCAGAACAUGCCCAAGGACGGCCAGCUCACAUACUUCCAUGGUGUCAUCAAGGACGCGGAGACGGGCAAGGGCAUCCCCGACGCCGUCUUCGACAUGUGGCAGGCCAGCACCAAUGGAAAGUACGAUGUCUUUGACCCCGAGAACCAGACCCGUCACAACCUGCGCGGCAAGUUCAAGACGGACGCUGAGGGCAAGUUCUACUUCUACUGCCUGAAGCCCACCGAGUACGCCAUCGACACCUCCGGCCCCUCGGCCGAUCUCCUCAAGCUCAUGGGCCGCCACCCGUACCGCCCCGCGCACAUUCACAUGAUGGUCACGCACCCCGACUUCAUCGGCGUCACGGCACAGCUCUACCCCAGCGACGACCCGUACCUCGAGACCGACACCGCCUGCGCCGUGAAGGACGAUUUGCUUCUUACUUUCAAGCCUGUUCAGAACGAGGCCAAGGGCGCCACCCUCGACGUCGAGUACGACGUCCGCCUGGUGUCCAAGAAGUACAAGCCGGAUUCCCAGAUGCUCAUGCAGAACGCCAACCAGAACAAGUUCUAA